CGCGAGGGUGACACAGCACUCAGUACUUGUUGUUGUUGUUGUUGUUGUCGGGAAAAUGGCGUCCAACGUAGAGGCCCCGGAAUCGUGGUACCUCGCCCUCCUUGGCUUUGCAGAACAUUUCCGCACCUCAAGUCCACCCAAAAUUCGUCUGUGUGUGCAUUGUCUUCAAGCGGUUUUCCAGUUUAAACCUCCGCAAAGGGUGGAGGCCAGAACUCACCUUCAACUCGGCUCGGUGCUCUAUCAUCAUACGAAGAACAGCGAGCUCGCGCGGAGCCACUUGGAGAAAGCGGUGAGGGAGAGUUUGGGAAAGCUCGAGGAUGGAACCAGAGAUGCGCUGAUCGAGGCCUUGAAUAGUCAAAUUGGAACAGUAACAAGUUCCAUAGCUAGCUUUAGAUCCUGGCUUUCUGGUAUCAGUCAUAAGUAUUUGCAUUCAGAAGAUAAUUUGUUAGCAUGAUAGCCUAGCAGGCAGGUCUGCGCAUCUUUCACUCAUUCACUGUGUUAGAAGUUGCUACUACUGUUGAUUGCUUUGACUGCAUGCAACAUUUUACUGUAUUUUGUCUCUAACAUAUCCUCUUUUCUAUUUUGUUUCAGUGGUUAAUAUCACAACAAGUAUCCUUUUCAAUUAUAUGGUUUCAACCCCAACACUACAGUAGCUAGCAUUAUAAUGUCGUGCAAUUCUGCAGAACAUUGCUCAGUUCUGUGUUUGCUGUUCCAUUAUGCCUCGAUAGUCAAAUUCUGUAUUAAAUGGCAAUUAAGUGGUUUCCUUCACAGAAUAUCUCAGAUCCCACAGUUUGAAGAUGUUAAAUUUGAAGCAGCAAGUCUUUUGUCAGAACUCUACUGUCAGCAGGUACCGGUAAAUAAAGCUAAAAUACAUUUUCCUGCUUUUGCGAUGUCUGGAGACCCAUUUGACAUGCGUUUUCAUGAAUGUGUAAGGUCGAGUAGUUUUGAUUCUGUAUUUGUUAUUUUCAGAAUCUGGUGGAUUCUGCAAAGCCUUUACUGCGAAAGGCAAUCCAGAUCUCACAGCAAACUCCCUAUUGGCACUGUCGCCUGCUGUUUCAACUGGCGGUACGUUGUACUGUAAGAUGUACUGUAAAUACUGACUGAACUGACUUUUCUCUUUUGGAUGUUUGAUUGUAGGCCUUUACAUUGCAGUGUAUUGAAUGUAUCUUAUUUUUUCCUUUAUCAGCAACUGCACACUCUGGAGAAAGACCUUGUGUCUGCCUGUGACCUCCUAGGGGUCGGUGCUGAGUAUGCCAGAGUGGUGGGCUCGGAAUACACCAGGUACUGUAACCUUGCUGCGCUGAACUAUUUACAUUUUCUGUCCAUAUUUAAUAAUACGUAAAACAUGUUAUGUUAAACAUGCCCUCCAAUUAACUGAAUGAAAACAUUUCUAUAAAGGUCAGCUGAAUAUGUAUGCACUCACUAACUGUAAGUCGCUCUGGAUAAGAGCGUCUGCUAAAUGACUAAAAUGUCAAUGUAAAUAUGUAAUGUGUGUUUUUCACAGGGCACUGUUCCUCCUGAGUAAAGGAAUGGUAAGUCUCAAAUUCUUUGUUAUGAAAAUGCAGAAUUUUGUAUCUGUCAUUAGCAUUUUAGUAAGGAUCAGCAGAUAUCUUAAUUAUGCAAUGCGCUUAUAGCAUGGGAAUAAACAAAUAUUUUGCACUAGAGAAUCCAUACCAUAAUGUUCUGUUUGUCCUGUGUAUCAGCUCCUACUGAUGGAGAGGAAGCUGGGGGAGGUGCACCCUCUGCUCACGCUGUGCGGGACGAUCGUGGAGAACUGGCAGGGAAAUCCCAUCCAGAAAGAGUCUCUCAGGGUAUUUUUCCUGGUGCUGCAGGUCACACACUACCUGGAUGCCGGACAGGUAAAGACUCCUGUCAGGCUGGAUCAAGACCAGGGAUGCACCAACUGUGGUCCCCAAGGGCAAUAACACCCAAGAUUGUAGUCGUGCACCCCUGGACAAGAUGUAUGCUUUCCCACUAGUUUGUAGUGUAGUUGAAACAGCUUCACUGGUAUUGACCACCUCCAUGUUGUGUUGCAGGUGAAGAGUGUGAAGCCCUGUCUUAAGCAGCUGCAGCAGUGCAUCCAGACCAUCUCUACACUCCAUGAUGAUGAGAUCCUGCCCAGUAACCCUGCUGACCUCUUUCACUGGCUGCCCAAGGAACACAUGUGUGUUCUCGUCUACCUGGUGAGCCCCAUCUUUUCCCUUAUCAUCUGAUACCUGAGGACUGAUCCCCCAUAGACACUUGUGCAGAUCUGAAAGGAUUAGAUAGGUAAUAGCAACAUGUUACAUGGUAAUAACCUUGUUCUCUAUGUUCCAGGUGACCGUCAUGCACUCCAUGCAAGCAGGGUAUUUGGAGAAGGCACAGAAAUACACAGACAAAGCGCUCAUGCAGCUUGAGAAACUAAAAAGUAAGUGAUUUGAAGGCCACAUGCCUCGCCUCUUUUCUGCACUACUAUCAAAAUCAUCUGUUUAACACUCACUGUUGUCUAAAACGUCUUGUUCACCCCCCUUUAUUUCAGUGCUGGACAGCAGUCCCAUCCUCUCCACGUUCCAGGUCAUUCUGCUGGAGCACAUCAUCAUGUGUCGGCUAGUCACUGGUCACAAGGCUACUGCAUUACAAGAGGUAAUGUAGAAGCAGCUAUAGACCAAUUUUAUUUCUGUUGAACUCAUUCACUCUGAAAUUAAACACUGUGCGAAGUUACAGUGGAAUGUUAAAAGUUGAAUCAAAGUAGCUACUGGAAUAUAUGAAGGGCAGUUUGGUGCCCGUUGACAGUUAAGAUGGGAUAGAGAUAAGGAACAGCAUGUCAUUUAUGAGGAUGAUGACUUUCUCUCUCCAUAUCCCAGAUCUCCCAGGUCUGCCAACUGUGCCAACAGUCCCCCAGGUUAUUCACCAAUCACGCUGCUCAACUCCACACUCUACUAGUAAGUAUUUGAAACCUUCACCCAGAAUACAUACCCUCAAUUCACUGUCUUGAAUAACACAGUUUACCACCCACUUCUCUAACUGGUGUUAAAAUGCUGUUCCAUUUUUUUUCAGGGCCUGUAUUGCAUAUCUGUCAACUGUAUGGACAAUGCAGAGGCACAGUUCACUGCCGCUUUGCGGGUAAGUGAUGUAAGUUGUAACGCUAAGCUUAUUAUAUGGGUCUUGCAUGUGUUCAAUAUAUAUUACAUUGUCACAUUUUGGAUAGUAAGUUAAUCUGUGUGUUUCCUUUCCAGCUAACCACGCACCAGGAGCUGUGGGCGUUCAUUGUGACAAACCUCGCCAGUGUCUACAUCAGGGAAGGAAACAGACACCAGGAGGUUAGUAGAAACACACAAUCACACACACACACUAUUCAUUUUUACUCAAAAUAAAUGAUUGUCAACUGUAUUAACUUUGUUUCUUUUAAAGCUCUACAGUCUCCUUGAGAGGAUAAACCCUGAUCACAACUUUCCUGUGAGGUGUGUAAACACGUAUUGCGUAACACAGAGAUUUGAAUGGUUACUCAAUUUUGCUUUGUAAUCCAAACACAUUCUCAGAGCCAACUACCUUGAUUUUGAAGGCUAAGACUGCAGCCCAUUGCUGAGAUGGUGUAUUGACUACAAGCUGACCGACAUGUUUGUUUGGUUGUGUUGCAGCUCUCACUGUCUCCGCGCUGCAGCUUUCUACAUCCGAGGACUCCUGUCCUUCUUCCAAGGACGCUACAACGAGGCCAAGUGAGUUUCCCCCACCUUCUCUUUUACUGAGUUGCUGAGAAGUGUCCCAUACGUCCUCACAUUUUCUGUGGUAAUUGGAAAAUAAAUCAUUUCAUGAAGAUAUUCUUAUUGCAGACGGUUCCUUAGAGAAACUCUAAAGAUGUCCAACGCGGAGGACCUGAAUAGACUGACAGCCUGCUCACUGGUUCUGCUAGGCCAUAUAUUCUAUGUACUGGGAAACCAUAGGGUAAGAUCACUCCACAAUGGUCACGAAUGGAUCUUUUGCUAGGAACAUCUACCCUGCCCCUAUACAAAAAAAAAGUAUGGGUCCAUGGCGUAGUGUAUAGUAUACAUUUUAUUCAACAUGUGCGGAAAAAAUUAUUUGUGUAUGUAGCUUGCAUAACAAUAUGUUUUUGUUUUUCUCUAGGAAAGCAACAACAUGGUGGUCCCAGCGAUGCAGCUGGCUAGCAAGAUCCCUGACAUGUCUGUCCAGCUGUGGUCCUCAGCACUUUUAAAAGGUACGCCCCUACCUGUACAUUUAUUUUGGCUUUGGAUUGAGCUUCAAUGCUCCCUACUAAGCUUAAAGUAUUUGAUGUAGGUUUCCUUGACCACGCUGUUUUUGUCUCGUCUGUGUAGAUCUGAACAAGGCCCUGGGAAACACCAUAGAUGCCCAUGAAGCAGCUCAGAUGCACCAGAACUUCUCCCAGCAGCUUCUCCAGGACCACAUCGCUGCCUGCAGCCUCCCCGAACACAACCUAAUCAGUGUACGUAUCAAUUUAUCUUUGUUAACUUUUUAUCUUUAAUUAUUACUGGUGUCAAAGUUGUGUAUCGUAAAUAGAUAAUAUAGCUUGUUUAGCUGUGUUUCUGUCUGUCUGUCUGUCUGGCUCAGAUGUGUAAUUAACUAUACUAAUCUCUCUGUAACAGUGGACGGACGGCCCACCACCUGGGCAGUUUCAAGCCCAGAACGGCCCGACAACCAGCCUGGCCAGCCUGCUAUGAGCACUUGGCUCCAUCAUACACAUGCAUACGAGAGAGCGAGAGCAAACUAACAACACACAAGGGCUACCUUUCUUCUAGCCUCAAAUAUGUCUAUAAUUCAAUUAUCGUUUCUUUCUAUCUUAUGAAAAUUAGAGGGGGAGUGGGAAACAUAAUAGCAGUUAUACGAUUAAUUUAUUAAUGUUGAUAUUUUUGUAACUUUUGAAAAAUAUUUUAAGCUUUUCUUUGUAUGAAUGCCUUUUUUUCCUAUGCAUGGAAGUUACUGAUGUUGAUUAACUCUACAUGUGUUGCUACCAUUUGCUGAGGAUUUUCACAGCUAAUCCUUGUUUUGUAGCACCACAUCCAAAUGAAUUAGUGUAGGUACACUUGGCAUCACUUCUCAUGUAUUGAACCAGCAACAUGUUUUGUUUCAUGUUAAGUUUGGACUUGAAUGUUAAAUUGGUAGAGUUGAGCAAAAGGGUUUGAAUUUCUUCCUGCAUGAGUGCAAGAGAGAAUAGUGAAAGUAUUGAAAUGUCCAUCAAGUGCAGUUACUUAAUAGACCAGCAGGUGUCCCUGUUGAGCUGUUUUGCUAAACCUGCUUUGAGAGAGGAUUUUUCUGUAUCAUUUGGCUUGUCAUAGAUCACCAAUUUGCCAAUUUUGAAGAUGCAUCACAAACUCACAACUAUUAUUGGCUAUACAUAAAUUCUAGUUCAUUUAUUGAGUUCCAUAGAUCAUGAAGUUGGACAUUUUUUGAACAUACGAGAAACUUUUGGGUUAAGAAAAUCAAUGUAUUACCUUUUGUUAUGUUAUAAUUUCUCUUUAUAGUUCUAGUAAAGGGUUUUCUUUACAAUACAUUGUAUACAUAUGCCACAUCGGAAACCUUUAUUGUACAGUGACAUUUUAUAAAGUAAAUGUAGUCAAGUGUGUAAUGUAUUUUAACUACCAGUAUCCCAUGUAGAAAUCCAACUCAAUGCUUGAUAUUUAAGUCAAUCUAUAUGGACACAUCAGAAGCUUGAGUAUUUGCCAUAUUCUAUCCAAUGCCUAUGUUUUUAUUGCUUAUAUUUUUUUCAAUAUUUUGAGGAACAAAAGUCUGAAUAAAUGUGGUAUUUGCAACCAUAAUUAUGUGUUGUUUAAGAAUCUUCAAUUUGCAGCACAUAUGAUUUCAUACCAUGAUAACUAUUUAUGAAAGACAUUUAUGUCAACAUGAACCAUAGGUGAGUGCAAUUCACCUCCUGAAUUAAUUUAAUUGUGAAUAAUUGACCCCAAUGCCCUGUAAAACAACACAUUUCACU